AUGGCAAAAGCUCUUAGUAAUAUUCCUUGUGUUGAACCCUUUAUAAUUGAAGAAACUUCAGUGAAUUUGGAUAAGAAAUGGAUUGUAUGGAAGGAUGAUCUGGAGUUAUUAUUAACUGCCAGUGGUAAUACUCAAGAAGCACAGAAAAAGGCUUUAAUUUUACACUGCGGUGGUCGAGAUUUACGAGAGGUUUAUCGCACGUUAAAAGCAGAUACGGACACAUAUGCAGACGUCAUUCAGAAACUCGACACAUAUUUUAAACCGAAAAAUAAACAUCAGGCAAUCGGUAAAAUAUGUUACGAAUGUGGAAAGAAAAAUCAUUUAUCGGCAGUUUGUUUAUCAUCGAAGCAUGGCCAAAAUUAUCAACGACACCAUAGAGAUUUUAAUUGCGACCGAACGAGAAAACGUGGCAACCAAGUACAAGAAAAUGCGAGUAACAGUUCUAUAUCUGAGGAAGAGAGUGAGAAUGAACAUUCUUUAUUCUCUGUCGAGAACAACAAAGUUUUAAAUUCUGUUACAAAUUGCGCCAAGAUUUUAGUUGAAAAUGUACCAAUUAAAUUAAUGAUAGACACUGGGUGUACAACAAGUGUCAUAGAUCGAGAAACAUUUAGCAAAUUAGAAUCUAAAAAUUUAAACGUUGUUUUGAAAAGUUCAAAAACAAAACUUUAUCCUUAUGCUUCACAGCCUGUGAAAGUUGUUGGUAAAUUCAACGCCCUUUUUGAAACAAAGAAACAAAUGUGCUCAAGCGUGAUUUGCGUAAUUGACAAACAAAAAGCUGGAAAUCUAUUGGGUAUCGACACCGCAAAACAAUUGAAACUAGUAACAAUCGCUAAUGAAAUUUCAACCAAUGAGAAAAUUCGAAAUCAUCAUACCGAAAAUCAAAACGUUGUACCGAAUAUACCGCAAGAAAUAAAAACUUUGAUAAACGACUUUAAUGAAUGUUUUCAUGGUACCGGAACGAUGAAAGAUUACGAAUGCAAACUACAUGUCAAACCGGAUGUUCAGCCGAUUUAUCAAAGAAUGAGGAGCUAUCAUAUACAUCUUCAAAAACAAAUAGACAGUGAAAUUAUACGUUUAGAGGAAGCUGGAAUUAUCGAGUCUGUGGAAAGACCGCAAGAAUGGGUUUCAAAUUUAGUAGCCACACCCAAAUCAUACAACUCAGUACGACUAUGCUUAGAUGCUCGCAGCAUCAACACUGCGAUACAAAGAGAAACGCAUCCAAUACCGACCCUCGAAUCUAUACUUGAUGGCAUGCAUGGGAGUAAAAUUUUUAGUAAAAUAGAUAUGAAAGAAGCACACACACAAAUAAUGCUUGAGGAAGAAUCGAGAAAACUGACAAAUUUUCACACGUCUUUCGGCAUUAAAAGAUUUAAAAGAUUGUGCUAUGGAUUAAACAAUGCUUUUGAAGUAUUUCAAAGAUCAUUGGAUCAAACCAUUGGUAAAUUACGUAAUGUGAAGUGCAUUUCGGACGAUACUAUUGUUUACAACAAAAAUUAUGCCGAACAUUUAGAAACUUUAAAAGAUUUAUUUACAAAAAUAAAAGAGCUAGGACUGCGUUAA